UUUAAUAAAUACAACAACAGCGACAGCGACAGCUGUAUAGUCUAGCUGUGUGAUCUUCCAUUGCCUUUCGGUGCUAGAAUUUUAGGAACAAUAAUCAUUAUUAAUAAAAAUGAAGUUUUGCGGCCCAAAACUCUCCCUCUGUUGCACAAUUUUGAGCGUUUGGGGAAUAAUACAGCUGGGCAUCAUGGGGAUCCUGUUUUAUAUCAAGUCUCCAGCUUUCUUGGAAGAUCUCUUCAUCCCUGAGAAUGCUACUGAACCUGCUGCCUACAUUGAUGCUAUGGAGAAAUCCUUUUCACAGAUUGCCCUCAACUGCUGGAUCGCAACGGCCCUGUAUGGAGGAACGUUUGUGCUCUCCGGAUGGCAGAUGUGGCUUAACUUCAAGAAAUAAAUGCCACUUGUACACGGCCGAUGAUUGUCCUAGAGAAUGGUGCUGAGAGUUGCCUGCCUCGGUCUGCUCUUAGGAUGUCCUUUACCAAUACUUAGGAGACAAGUCAUUGCAAGCCUGGAAUGAAUCUUGCCUCUCAUUCCCAUGUUUUCUGGACUAAAUUUUCUUGUGCAUACAGCUAGCAUAAUUGUGUAUUCCUAUACGUUUUCAUUCCACUGUUCUAGUUUAUAUCACUCAAUUUAUUUAUGUAAAUUAUAGCAACAUAAUUUCUAUUUGUGCAUCACAUAAUGGACGCUAAAGAGAAGAGUAAUGCCAUCAUUCUUCAAGCUGAUUGUUCUUAUUCCGUUUAAUUGAGGCAUUUACAACUAUUAUUGGUGCCACUUGGAAGACAGUUGGAGUAAAUAGACGUAUGCAUACUCACUCUGCAUAGAGUUGAGCAUUAUGGAGUUGAAUGCAACUCUCCCAGCCCAGCAAAUUUCUUUGCUUGGUCCCAUGGUGCAUGUAGGAGAUCUGAUUUGCGAGCAAGAGAAUCAUCAUGCUAUGUUGCUCCACUUAGUAGUUGCUCAGAAAUGUCCGCAUCUUCACAUUAUUAUUGUCUAACUUAACAGUAGAAAUAUUGAGUAGCAUCGCUACAGCCCAAAUUUUAUUCCCUAUCUUCUCAAAGAAAAUCUUUGCCAUCCUAGUCACUAUUAGUGUAAAAAAGUAAACUGUCACUUUACAUUCUCCUCUUGAAAGUUACAGCCCCUGUAAAAACAUUGCCACUUCCGCUCGUACAAUUCAUUUGGCAUGUAAUCUUCUGUAUGCUAAACGUGAAUAGAUAUUAUGUUAGGUAUAUGGGGCAACUGGAUCACAAGACUUCUUUAUUUAUGUGUAAAGUGUAUUGAUAUCCUGUAUGUAUUGUUUUACAGAGUAUAUAUUUGAAAAUAGC